AUGGAGCGCGUGUGGGGCUCCCUCGCGCCCUUCACCCGCGCCAGAUGUCUGCAGAACGAGCGCGCGCUGUUCGACCACCUGCUCAAGGACACGGUAGGAACUCCACCCCUGCCGGCCCGAACUUCUCGCAACGGGCUCCAAUGGCACGCGCACGACACGCGCGUGAGCGACUCCGAUCCCGACGACGUCGUCCACAGCGUCGUCGUCGAACCCGCACCCGCGGCGAGCGGGGAUGAGGAGAAUGGCGCCAAGAACCCGAGGGUCGACCUGGUUCUCGUGCACGGCUUCGGGAACGGCGGCGGAUGCUUCUUCCGCAACGUCGCGUCGUUCGGCGCGAUGGGGCGGACGCACCUGGUCGACUGGCGCGGCGCGGGCAUGAGCGGUCGGCCUCGAUCCUUCCCGCCGCGCACGUACGACGAGUGCGUCGACUAUCUCGUGGACGGCCUCGAGGCGUGGAGGGCGUCGCGCCUCGACGAGCGCACGCGGAUGUGCCUCGUGGGGCACAGCAUGGGCGCGAUGAUCGCGACGCACUACGCCAAGCGAUACCCCUCGCGAGUCGCGCACCUCGUGCUCACCGGCCCGGCGUCCGUGAAGGACGACAGCGAUCCCGCCAGGCUCGCAAACUUUCUCCAGGGUUCGCCGUUGCGAAGGCUGGCGUUCAACGCUGUGGUGCUGGCGUGGCGCGCGGGUGUGACGCCGCAGGCGGUCGCGCGGUGGCUCCCGGCAUCCACCGCGAUGCGCAUCGGCGGGCGGUACACCCGCGUCCGGUGGCGGAGCGGGGACACGCUGGACGAGGACGGUCAGGAGGUUUUGGCUCGGUACGUCACGGGUGUGGUGCGAAUGGCGCCGGGGUGUUCGGAGAAGGUCAUGUCGGUGUUCCUGAAACCGAUCGGGCGGGCGCGGCGAGCGCUCGCGGCGGUGCUCGAGGACGAACUGGACGCGACCGUCCCGGUGACGUUCGUGUACGGCGACAGGGACUGGAUGUCCCCUAAGAGCGGGAAGGAGUGCGCGGAACGCAUGCGCGCGGGUGAGCGCAGGUCGCGGUUGAAAAACGCGGAAUUUCACCUGCUGCCAAACGCGGGUCACUUCGCGUUUGUCGACCAGGCGGCGCCGUUCGAGGCGAUCGUGAGGUCCAAGUGGCUUGGGUGA